AAUCGGUGAUUAAGAACAGAAUAGAACAAAAGUUCAACACGUUAAGAACACAUUCAGUACUUUGUGAUCUCCGUAUCGUUUUAAUACAAAUCAAACAGAAAAAAAAUGAAAUUCUUCAUCGCAGCUGUUUUCACUUUGGCCCUCGCUAUGGGUGCACAAUCCUCACUCAUUCCAUUGGCGCAUACUGAAAUUGCCGGACAUGGACUCUCCUACACUGCCGUUCAACAUCCAGCGAUCAUUGCCGUGCCAGCUGCCAUCCCCGCUGCCAUAGCCGUACAUGCCGCUCCAGCCGCUAUUGCCGUUCAUGCUGCUCCAGCAAUCGUGCAUACCGCUGCUGUUGUAGUACCAGCUGUUCAUGAAGGAAGCUACAUCGCUAAAACUCGUGGUGCCAUUCAUCAUGCUCCUUUAGCCGGACAUAUUAGCUCAGCUGCUGCUAUCAAUGUAGCUCCAGCUCCUGGAACACAUUAAAUUAGUUGCAACAAAUUAAACAAAAAAAAAAAAUUACAAAAAAAAAACUUAUAUGUAAGGAUAGCAGGUUGAUGACAUUGUUUUGAACUGUUCACACCGACUUAGAAUAAAUUGCAUCACUUAGACAAAACUAUAAAA